GACCUGCCACGAUCGCAAGAAUGCCUAACGAGAACGCGCCAAUCUGCGGCUGCGGGGUGGUGGUCGAUCUUCCGAAAUCACGAAAUGGCGCUCUGGGCACGAGAAAGGUGCUACUGAGACUGCCAAAAACGAAGAGCAGCAAAUCCGAGGGACGAUCCGCGAAGAAACAACAACAGCAAGAUGAAGCACGUUCGAAGAACAGGGACUCCGAGACUGGAAGCAGUAGCUCGGUCACGGAUCAGGCAAAUGCAGCCACGAAGAGUAGCAAAUACGAGAAACGACUGAAUCACUCGAGGAGGACCCGAAGCGCUGACCGAGCAGAAUCGCAUUACACUUACAUCGAUUCGGGAUCCAGUAUACUCGGCGGAGGGAUCCGCGAGAACGCUAUACCGGAGGCCCUGUACGCCACCAUUCCAGACACGCCGAACGCGAGCGCCAACGAAACCGGAAAUAGUCAAUUAAACGCGCAAAGUAGAUCGCAACCCGUUUACGCCAUCCCCUCUAUGGUAUCGCCGCCGCCCACCUACGACGUGGCGAUCUCGAAAACGUGGCAGUCCGGUCUACCGCCAACCUACGAAGAAUACCUAUGCCACAAGUACGCUAUGCUGUCCCGAUCGCACACACCACCGCCCCCAUGGUCGGACUCCACGACGGCGACAACGACGCCGAUGGCGUUAAACGCUCAAACGCGUCGCGAGCUGCUCGCCAGCCAACCGGAGCUCAGAGAGUAUCUCACGCAAUUGUCACACUCGCAGAAUAACGAACGUUCCGCUGGUCACCAUCAUCAUCACCACCAGCAAGGAGCGGUGCUGAGAGACAGCAGCUACCUGUCGAACCAACAGGCCUCCAGGGAGCAGCAGAUCAGAUCGCAACAACGCGCGAGGGCGAUGCCUCCCAGAUCGCAAAGCGAGAGUCGGGUGCAGCAGCAACGACUCGCGACCAUGUACGAAGACGGGGCGUUUUGCAUGGAGACGACCGCGUUGCAAUCUGCGUUCGAGAACGGGAUCGCGUUGUGCAGUCUGAUGUAAGAUCGUUGGUGCGAUAGAUCGACGAACGGGAGGGAGCGAUGGAUGGAUUCGUCCGAACACCUCGAGGAAAUUGUAUUCGAGAGAACGGCUCCCUUUUUCGCGAUCGACGCAACCCCCAAACCCGCCCAUCGAAAAGAAGAAUUCCAUUGCGGGCGCAACGAAGCCGAUCAAAGUUCCGGACAAAUCCCCCAAUCGACUUUGAUACGAUCGAUC